AUAAAAGAUAAGCGCGCAACAACCGUUGAAUCAUUAUCAAGAAAAUUUAAUACGCGUAAAAAAUUUCCUAAUGGACAACUUUGUGCGUUACGUUUGAAAACACGAAUCAUUUGAAUCCUUGGUAACCGGUUUAACGAGCUUUUCGACUUUUCCCACGUCGAUAACGAUUUUCUCGAACAACGUUUCGAUUCUGAAAGCUCAAGCAUGCUCGAACGAGAACCGUCCAUGUGGUUGCCUAAGCCCUGACAUCCAAGCGCGAAGACAGUGAACGAUGGUCGACUAUUACAAAAUAUUGGAGGUUCAGCGAACCGCCUCGAGCGGGGACAUAAAAAAGGCAUACAGAAAAUUGGCACUAAAAUGGCACCCAGACAAGAAUCCUGAGAAUCUGGAAGAAGCGAACAAGAGAUUCAAAGAGAUCUCUGAGGCGUAUGAAGUUCUAAUAGAUGAUGCGAAGAGACGAACCUACGACCAACGAUUGUAUCAGAAGGCAUCCUCGAGGCCCGGCCGUGGAUUCACCUACCGGAGUUACUUUGACUCUCCUUUCCAGCGAUAUUUCGAAAAGAAAAGGAGAGUAUACGAUCAGUAUGGAAAGGAUGGUCUUCAGAUGUCUGGAGGCAAACGACGACACGAGGACGACUUUGAUGCACACUUUGCUGGCACCUUUGUCUUCAGAGAUCCUGCAGAAGUGUUUAGGGAAUUCUUUGGUGGCAGCUCCUUCGAGGACUUGUUCUCUGACCUCACUGGAACCGGUGUUCAUCGAGGAUCCAACAGGCAUAGUCAUCCAAGCAGUAACAGCAUAAGCACGUCCUUCUUCGGCCCGUUAGGUUUUGGUGGUUUCUCACAGUUCAACAACUUGUUCGAAGGUGUGUCAGGAAACUUCACCUCCUUCAACACGUUCACAACGUUCGACGGUAACACCGGCGGUGGGGCUAUGAAGCGAACAAGUACCUCGACACGAUUUAUCAACGGCAAAAAGAUAACCACCAAAAAAGUUUUCGAGAAUGGCAAGGAAACGAUAAUGUCGUACGAGAACGACGUGCUGAAGUCGAAGACGGUGAACGGCGUGCCACAAUCAAUAACGUUUGACGAGUCAUCGACGAGUCGCCAACCGCUGAGUGACAGUGCCAGCGAUAUCGCGAUGGCUGGCCAGAACUCGAGAACAGUCCACGGUGACCAUCAGAAGGCUAGCAGAAUAAAGACGCACCAUCAUCCACCUCUCGCUAAGAAGCACGAUAAGAAAAACAAAGAGGAAACAAAUAGGCCAUCGUAUGUUUUAAAGGUAGAUCCACCGCAGGAUUCGCCGGGGGAUUCACCAGGGGAUUCACCAGAAAAUUCGAACAGUGAAAUGGAAAAUGCAGCUACAGAGAAUAAUGUCCAAGAAUCAUCGUCAAGUUCCAACAAACCAGCCAAUAAAAUACAAGGUUCUGUAUUAGCGGCAUCAAAGUUUGGAAAUCCGUUUGGGAGCAGCGACUUUGCCAAUUCCUCGCCUAAUAAAACAAAGUCAUCCAUAUUGAGGCCAUCUCAGCUGGGUGCAGUGUCGAACAAUCAGACGGCGAACAAAGUAGUCUUACAGCCGGCAAAGUUUCAGAAUCCAUUCGCUAAAGUGACAGAGAAUUUUUUAGAAGAGAAGGACGAUACUGUAAAUCAAAAGAAGGAGACCAAGGAAGCGAAGGAGGCUAAGAGCGAAGAGAAAGAGAAGGAAAAGGAGAAGGAGAAGGAGAAACCAACGGAGGAGACGAAGCCUACGUUUUUACCAUUAGGAGCGAGCACAAAGGAUAGCGAAAAUAAUACUGUAAAUAGUAGCACGGUGUCCUCGUGCGACUCGGAGCCGAGCUUCGUGUUCGGCCAGAACCUGAAGGAACGUGUCGUGGUCGCGGACGACGCGGAGAGUUCCGAGAAAUCGGAGAGCGAAGAACCAAAGGAGGAGACCGCGAACGAGAACGGUUCUUCGGAGCUUCUAUUCUCGAACGCAUCCGCGGUUUGCCGCACGACCGCCCGUCCCGGUCUGACGUUAACGGAAGCGGCCCAGGAGCUGGAGGAAGCGAACCGGGCGAAUAAAAGGAAAUAUAGUCAAGUAACGCUGUUAACCGGCGAGGAAGGUGAAACAAACGUCCUCCAAAUAAAUUGUAAACUGUUCGCAUUCGACAAGGCUAGCGGUGGCUGGCAAGAGAGGGGAAGGGGUACGCUGCGGCUAAACGACCGCGACGAAGAGUCCCGGUUGGUCGGUCGCACCGCUGGUACGCAGAGAUUAAUUUUAAACACAAAAGUGUGGCCAGGUAUGACCGCGGAACGGGCAGCCCCGAAAUCCCUGAGAUUAACAGCGAUGGACGUACACGGGGACAUCAGAAUCUUCAUCGUUCAAGCGGCGCCUAAGGAGAUCGAACUUCUUCACUUCUUGCUGCAGGCACGACUGAAGCGUGCACAGGAACGGCAGCCUAAAAAAUUAGCCGCCGAUCACUGACGAUCAACCAAUCAUCCCUGCGAGACCAUCAUACAUAAUUAUCGUCAUUCGAACCUACGCAAUGCAGUUGCUAACACGUGAAUGAAGAAAAGGUUUUUUUUCCCCGCCCCCCCCCAAGUUAAACGAGGCCCUAUCUAGUACACGUACGCAAUAGAAUGACUAUGAUUUGUGCCUUCCUCAAAGGAAGAUUUUACACCUCGAACCUCCGUGGCACCAAUGUUUGCAGGCAGACAGGAAAGAAAGAAAAAUGAAAGGCAAGAAAUCGUAGGCCAAACGGAUCUCUUCUGAUUUUUGCAAUUGCACCAAGUCUUUUUGUAAUCAUUCCUAAUUGAUAUUCUUCUUUUACAUGGAUUUCGAAACGGUGUUUUCUUUUUUUUUUUUUAUUCGCGAGUCAUGGAACGACUAGGUAGAGAUUUUUGAUAAUAGUAUAAUAAUUAGAUCAUGGAUCUGUAGCGUGAAACGAAAGAACGAAAACCAGGGCAACGUUUUAAUUUUUUCAAAAAUAAGAAGUCAGCCUCUCUCUUUGUAAGGAAUCACUUCAACUUUUACGGUAGCAAUGCUCGUAUCGAUUUAGAAUUCUAUUUCUCGUCGGCUAUACAUACAUAUAUAAAUAUAUAUAUAUAUAUAUAUAUAAAUAUUAUACUUUCUAAGACGUUACUAUUAGUUUGGUUAUUUAACGUGUAGCGAAAGUGAAACAGCUCAAUGGACACGUGUCCGGCGACGAGGAAACGGUUGCAGUUGCAAUCUCCGAUUGCGACACGACUCUGUUAAGCACAAAAUAUAACGCGAUUGAUCCAACUUGUUUGUAUUUCUCAUUUUAGUUGUACAUAGCGUUUAAGAGAAACGCGCCGUUUCCUCGUCGCGUCCGCGACGUAAGAAGGCUGUGCUCGAGGCGGCUUUUCUUUAAUUUCGCUUAGCAAUAUUUAUCACACGAAGACUCGCGUUUCUGUCACGACGGGGGAGACGAAGGACGAAUUCACGAGUCCUUAACGUGAUAUACACACAUACACAUACACAGUAACAGAAAGUAAAAAAAAAAAAGAAAA